GUAGGAUUCUAGUAACUAGUACUCAGUACACUAGCAUGUAGCUGCUAGUUUAGAUUCAUCAGUUGCCUUGCGAGCCGCGUUAACUCUGUCACGAUUCGCGAUCGAGAUGACUUGGAUUUGUAGACAAGUACACGUUUUAUGGAUGAAAAAAAAAUUAAAUGGAGACAAAUAAAUGGUUAUUAAUUUAAACUGGUCGAUGGUGCUGAGUGUUAAAGUUGACUAUUUAUUGAAACCAUGCACCUCGAGGGUAAUCGUAUUGUUUAUAUUAAAAAACGUUUAAAAAUAUUAAAAUUACUGUUAAAAAUAAACUGGAGUGUAAAUAUUAAAUUAAUAAAUACAACGAUUUAUACGCGUGUAAAUAAUGAGCAAAAGUGUGGAAUUACUUUCUGGAUCCGAGGACGGUGAACAAGGGCAAGAAGAAGACAGAUCGCGACUGAAUUUAAAUGGUAACCGACAGUUGUCACGAAGUGCCACAGAACUACGUAAUAAUAAUGACGAUUUGUCAACGGGACGUGCGUCUUCAGCCCAACCCACCCAGCAUAGACACUCGCAUGUCCAGCAGCAUCAUCACCAUCACCGCCACGUAACCUCAGUUGCCCAGAGGACCCAGACCUUUUUCGCGACCCUCAAGAGCCGGUGGGCAAGGGCAAGAAGUAAGGAGCGAAAAAAAGCUAAGGAUGGUCAUGACUCGACUCACAGUGCCGGUGUCGAGUCUGAUUACGCUGCCGAUUACUCUUCUGAGCACAGCAAAAGUUCCUCCGCGACUCAUAGCCCUGCUAAAAUAGCACUCAAUCAUCCAGAAUCUCCAUUAGCUCGGGGCAAAUCAUCUUUAGAAGACAGUCCUGGAAGAUGCAGCGACAAUUCAUCGAAACUGUCAGCCGCGAGAACAUCCCGCGAGGCUCAAGAGUCUCUCGAUCCUGGAUCGUCAUCAGCAGUACCGUCGGCUUAUGAAAGUGCGCAGUCGAAUGAAUUAGCACGUCGACGUGAAUUAGCAUUAAGACAGCAUGCAUUUUUUCAGCUGCGUAUGCAUAUUCGCCGAGGUGCCAAUCUCGUCGCGAUGGAUCGAUGCGGGGCAAGUGAUCCUUAUGUCAAGAUAAAAUCAUGCAACAGAUUAUUACAUAAGUCUCGAACAGUUCAUCGUGAAUUAAAUCCCGUGUGGGAUGAAAGUGUCACACUGCCUAUUGAAGAUCCGUUUCAGCCGCUCAGUAUCAAGGUAUAUGAUUACGAUUGGGGCUUGCAAGACGAUUUUAUGGGCGCAGCGAAUUUAGAUCUUACGGUACUAGAUCUAGGACAAGCACAAGAUGUUACUCUGGAACUUAAAGAUCCGGCGCGACCGCGACAACAUCUUGGGGAAAUAUUUUUAACUGUCACGUUGUGGCCGAGGAACCAGCAAGAAAAAGAGCAGUAUUUCCAGAGAACAAACAGACUAGCAGACGUAAAUCGAAGAUUAAAAUCACAAAUAUGGAGUUCUGUUGUGACGAUUGUACUCGUCGAGGCAAAAAGUUUAUUACCGAUGGACAUCGACGGGCUUUCAGAUCCUUACGUUAAAUUCCGAUUGGGAACAGAGAAGUACAAAUCAAAAGUUGUCAACAAAACAAUAAAUCCAGUAUGGCUGGAACAGUUCGAUCUCCACCUGUACGAGGACCCUUAUCUGGGUCAAGAACUAGAGGUCACGGUCUGGGACCGGGAUAAGGGUCACCAGGACGACUUGAUGGGCAGGACGACGAUCGAUUUAGCGGGGAUGGAACGCGAAACAACCCACAGGAUUUGGAAAGAGCUGGAAGACGGGGCUGGAAGUAUUUUCCUUCUGCUUACUAUCAGCGGCACGACUGCCAGCGAAACAAUCAGCGAUCUAGCAGCUCAUGAAGAAACCCCUCGAGAACGUGACCGUAUUUCUGAUAAAUAUUCCCUCUGGAAUUCGUUACAGAGACCAAGAGACGUCGGACAUCUCACUAUCAAAGUUUAUAAAGCACAGGGACUAGCAGCUGCUGAUUUAGGAGGCAAAAGUGAUCCUUUUUGUGUACUUGAGUUAGUUAAUUCACGGUUACAAACACAGACUGAGUACAAAACACUGGCACCUAAUUGGCAAAAAAUUUUUACUUUUAACGUCAAAGAUAUAAAUUCUGUACUAGAAGUGACAGUAUACGACGAAGAUCGCGACCAUAAAGUUGAAUUUUUAGGCAAAAUAGCGAUUCCUUUACUCAAAAUACGCAAUGGCGAGAAACGUUGGUACGCAUUGAAGGACAAAAAAUUACGUUGCCGUGCAAAAGGUAAUUUUCCUCAAAUAUUACUCGAGAUGCGCGUGAUCUGGAACGUCGUGAGAGCGUGCAUCCGAACUUUGAACCCGAAAGAAAAAAAAUAUAUGGAGCCAGAAGUUAAAUUCAAACGUCAAGUUUUUUUGCGCAACGUACUGAGACUCAAGGCCAUCAUAAUGUACUUCAUUGAUCUAGGAAAAUAUAUCCAGAGCUGCUGGGAAUGGGAGAGCAAAACGAGAAGUAUUGUUGCUCUGGUACUAUUUGUCCUCGGGUGUUAUUACUUCGAGCCAUAUAUGAUUCCCGUGGCGGCGCUUCUCAUAAUGCUUAAAUAUUGUUUAGUUUCUUUGAUAACAAAUAAUUCAAGUUCUUCGUCUUCGUUUCAAAUUCAUUCUAGUUCUCACGAUCAGGAUUUUAAUUCUGAUGACGGCCCUCCCACCCCCGGUGAUGAUGAUGACGAUGAAGAUGACAAAGAUAAGGAAGAGAAGAAAAGUUUAAAAGAGCGAUUGCAAGCGAUCCAAGAAGUAACGCAGACGGUCCAGAACUCGAUCGGUUACAUCGCGAGUCUUUGCGAGCGUGUGAAAAAUCUCUUCAACUUCACUGUACCUUAUCUAAGUUAUCUAGCGAUGAUUCUAUCAGUUCUCGGCAGCAUCGUCCUCUACUUAGUGCCCAUGCGUUACUUAAUUUUGGCCUGGGGUGUAAAUAAAUUCUUCCGAAAAAUUCUUCGUCCCCAUUCAGUACCAAAUAACGAGGUCUUGGAUCUGAUUUCCCGACUGCCUGAUGAUGAAGAUCUUCUUAGUUACAGAGAAUUAAAGCCAAUGCCAACAGCAGACUGUGAAAAAGGAUCAACAUCAAGCCCAAAUAGUAACGCAACAUCAAGACGCGAACAAAGAAAAAGACACAACAAAGCUGCGUAACGAAAUGCCCCGCGGCCAUCGGAUGUCGCGGGAACGCGGACUUCAAACAUCCUCAAAACAGUUUUAACGCGUGGUAAUAAAUUACUGUCUUAUCAAUAUCGCCGUGUAAAUUCAACAGAUUCAAAAAUAUUAAAAGAUAAAGACUGAUAAUUAUUAUCAUGAGUAUUUAUGAAUUAGUAAGUUAAGGAUAAGACACACGUGAUUUAUCGAUUGGUGUUUUGUCUAGUCAAUAAAGUUUUAAUAAUAAAUAAAUAGAGUGAGAUAAUAAUGCAGAAAGUCGUUAAACCUGUGAUGGAAUAAGAUUGAAUUAUAAAUUGCGCUGUUAGUUAGUUAGUUAAUUACAAUAUUAUAGAUAUAAUGAUAGUUAUAAUUAUUAAUUAGAAGCAUUCUCAGCCCCCCCCCCCCCUUUUUUUUAAAUAUUCAAUGGCGAACUGUCAUCAUUUUUUUUUAAAAAUAUGUAUUAGUAGGCCUCUAGUAAUUCCAUACCCCGCCAAUUUACUCGAAUUCAAAUUCAAAUUCAAUUUUGAAACCAAAUCAAAUUCAAAAUUCGGCGGCGGGACGAAUCUCGAUCAAAAGACCCGCGUACUUUGAGCGUAAAAACUUUUUUCGGCUUUACUGGGAUUCGAACUCACAACUGGCCGGUUAUCAAGUUCAAGAGGUUGAGUCUUUCGUUAUGGUCAUGGCAAAGCCGGAUCAUGUGGGCCACCGGCGGGAAAUUUAAAUAAACGCAAAAAAAUAUGGCCAUAGUAAAAUAUACUACGAUUACGUCACAAGUUACUGUAACCAUUUGAAAUUUGACUGGUCGUAAUAAUUUUUGCUGGUGGCCAACAUGGCCCGGCUUUGCUAUGACACCAUAACAUUUAAAACAAAAAUGAUUCCUUCGUGCAAUUAGGAGUUAAACGAAAUGAAAAUGGAAAUUAUUAGACAAAGGUUUUAUUGAAAUUUGACAAAUUUCGUUUAACGUCUAAUUGAUGUCAACUGUAAAAAAUUUUUCAAAGAAUCUAGAUCCUGGCGAAAUUGCAAGUUGUUUUUUUUUUAAUUAACGCUGUAAUUUUUUAAAAUUAAUUAACAAAAUUUCAAUACGGCCAUGACAGUUCAAGCCAUUAGAUAAUUUUACAAAAUGGGGGCACUGUCUGAGAAUACUUUUAAAACGCUCGCGAACCUCGGGGUGCGGUAACGUUUUUUUUUACGUCUAGUAUACUAAUUAAUUAAUUGAUUCGAUUUAACGACUUUGUUUUAAGAUUUAUUAUAUUGAGAUAUUUAAUAAUAAAUUUUAAUUGUUAUUAUUAUUAUUAUUGAAAUGACAGUCUCUUAAGUAUACUGAUUGGUAAUUACUAAUUAAAUAAACGAUAUGGAGAGGGUACUUGGGAUAGAUUAAAUAAUUAAUAAUGUAAGACUGUCAAUAAUUGCGUCCAUCGAUGUCAUUUAGGAUAUGCAAUUUUUAAACACGCGUUGUUUAUACCUAUGUGAUUUUUGAACAAUUAAUAUUGUAAAUGAUUCUUAAAUCGGGUUCAAAUUUUUUUUGUGUCAACUAAAUUAUUAAUUGGGCAGAAAUAAAAUUUAAAAAUUGAGGAAACGAAAUUAUUAAAGAAAAAUUUAUAUUAUAAAUUUGUCAGCAUAAAAAAAUAAUUUAUUCAAUGGAUUCGUUCAGUUCCUUGAUGGUUGAAAAAAAGACAUAAUUUUUAAUUCGAAUUUAAAAAAAUAAAAAUGACGAUUUGAGAAUCAUUGACAAUCAUAUGAUAAAUAAAUAAAUAAAUAAAUAAAUAAUAUAUCGAUACCCAGCACCGGGACUGGCUAAGACGCAAAAUAAAUAAAAAUAUUUUAUAUUAAAAUAAAAUAUUUAUCAUGGCAAUUUUAAAAUUGUCGAUCUUCUUAAAACUUGUCUUUAUCAAACAAUCUAAUUAAUUAUAAAUAUUUAAAUUCAUAAAUAAAAUAACGAAUCAUCUCAAAUUUUUUCAUCAACGAACCUAAUUAAGUGCUUCAUAAAUAAGAUAGUGUCUUUUUUAAUUUAAAAAAAAAAAAUUAAUAUUUUAAAUCAUACACGACACUUAACACUUACACAUUUUUAUUUUUACUUUGAGAGUGUAAUUAAAAAAAAAUAUUCAGAUAUAAUCGAACAUGGUCAGAUAUGUCCAUGUUUAGUCAAGUCCAAUUCAUAUGUGAUCAUACAUGAUAUCAGAUAUAAUAAUGCAUGAUCAUCUAUAUUAAAGCCUGAUCAAGUUUAAUUAAUCCGUGAUCAAAUAUGAUCAUAUAUGAUAUCAGAUAUAAUCAUGCGUGAUGAUACACCUUUAUAUUUAAUUAUGCGUAACACCAGACACCAUCAUUAAUAGUAUCGGAUAUGAUCAUAUAUUUUGACAAAUAUGAUCAUAUAUGAUGAUAUACUUUUAUAUUUGAUUAUACGUGAUAUCGGAUAUGAUCAUGCAUAAUAUCAGAUAUGAUCAUAUAUGAUAGAUAAGAUCAUAUAUAUGCUAUCAGAUAUGGCUGCGUAAUAUUUGACCUGACGACACAAUACCCGCUGCCAAAAUAGCCGUGAUGAAAUAAUCGCAAGCCAAAAUAUCAAUAAAGAAGAUACUAAUAGAUGUGGAAUAUCUUGAAAAAUCAAAAAGAUAAUUGAAUAAUUGAGUGAAAUUAACGAAAUGUGAUCAAAUUUAGAAAAAUAAUACAGACUUGUAAUUGUAAUGUGCCAUUUUUCCACGAGUUUUGUGCGUGUGCAAUUAUUGAAAUAUAUUAAAUGCACAGGCAUACAACAGUACGCCAUUUUUCUACGGGUUUUGUGCGUGUGCAAUUACUGAAAUAUAUUAAUGCACACGCAUGCAAUAAUACAUGCCCUUUUUUCACGCGUUUUGUGUGUGUAAAUACAAAAAUAUAUAAAUGCACACGCUUGCAAUAAUAUUGUGCCCGGUUAUCGCAGAUUUUUUUUUUUUCGAUUAUUUUACCAUUAAGUCAUUUUUUUUAGAAAUGUUUUGUCAUGUAGAUAUUUUGUUUAAAAAUAUUUCGUCAUGAGGAUAUUUUGUCGUGGGUAUUUUGUCGCGGGUAUUUUGGCAUUAGGUCAAUUAUCGUGUUACCAUCAGAUAUGAACAUAUAUGAUGUCAAAUAGAAUCAUGCAUGAUGAUACACCUUUCUAUUUGAUUGUACGAAUACCGGAUCAUGCAUGAUAAUACACACUUAUAUCUGAUUAUACAUGAUACCUAAAAUUAUCAUUCAUGAUACCAGAUACAUGCAUGCAUGAUGAUAUAAAAUCAUAUCUGAUCAAGCCCAAAUUUAUACAUAAUCAUACGAACUCAUGUUUGAUCAUGCAUGAUAACGUAUAUGGUCAUAUGUGAUCAUAUAUGAUUAUUUCUGAGUAUUUUUUCUCAAAUAGUUUACAAUAUGAUGAAUUAGAAUUUAUUUAAAUUAAAACAAAAAAAAAAUAUAAAUGAAUAAAAUUGAUGGAAUUAUAAAUGAAUAUAUUUAUAGUCAGAUUAUAGUCUUUUUUCUAUGUAUUUUUCUACUCUCUGUUUUAUAUUUAUCUACCAUUUAGUAUUAAUUAAUUUUAAAAAACAAAUCCAAAGAAUGAAUUUAAUAUUUUAGUCAGUAAAAUUUUUUCAAUUUUUGACAAUUAACAAUUUUUCAGAUAAAAUUAUAAAAAUUUAAUGAGUUCUUCCUUCAUUAGUAAAACAAUAUAAUUACAUUUAUCAUUCAUAUUAUAUAUUAUUAAAAAUAUAUAAUAACAUAAUUGACAAAGUAUAAAGUACACAUGACACAUAAUCACGCGCGCAAAUAAAUAAAAGAAAAAUAAUAAUUAUAAAUAAAUUAACAAAGAAAAAAUAAUUAUAUAUAUUUUUUAUUGUAAAAUAUUAACGAAUUUUCUUUUUAAUUAAAAUUUUUUUUAGACGGAACAAUAAAUUAUACAUAAAUAUAUAUUAUAAUAUUAAUUUUUAUUAAAUGAGCGGUUCAGUCGGUCCGAUAAUCAAUCUCGCACUUAAAGCUUUUAACUCUUUUAUUAAAUAAAUAAAUAACCCUAUCAAAAAAAUUCACACGGAAAUCCAGCUUGGAUUCCCAUAUGGUUUCCUAUAGAAAUUCAACAUAGAUUCCUCUGUAGAGUCUUACGUGAAUUUCCAUGGGUAUCCGGAUAUUCAAGUUCCUGUAUAUAUUUGUUUGUAUGGGAAUUUCGGUACUCAGUUUCCCAUACGGGUUCCUAUAUAAAUCCGAAGUCUGAUCUCUAUACUAAUUCCCAUGGAUCCUCAUGUAAAUCCAUAGUUUCCUAUCUGGGGAUCCAGGUAUCCAUAGUUUUCCAUAUGAAUUUCAUGUGGAAAACUAUAGAUACCUGAAACCCCAUAUCUGAGAGUUCAGGUACUCAUAGUUUCCUAUAUAGCUUUCAUAUAUGAGAAUUUAGGUAUUCAUAGUUUUAUAUUAGGGAAUUCAGGUGCCCAUAGUUUCCUCUGUGGAUUUCCAUAUAUAGGAAUCCAGGUAUCCAUAGUUUCUCUUAUGGAUUUCAUGUAUGGGAAUUCAGGUAUCCAUAGUAUCCAUAGUUUUCCAUAUGAAUUUCAUAAAUAGGAGUUCAGGUACUCAUAGUUUCUCAUAUAGCUUUUAUAAAUGGGAAUUCAGGUAUCCAAAGUUUCCUACAUAGAUUUCCUAUAUGGACACUUGAAUACCUAUAGUUUCCCAUAUGGAUUUCCUGUAUGGAAAUUCAGGUACCUACAGUUUUCUACAUGGGUUCCUAUGUAAAUCCGUAAAUUGAUUCCUAUGUUGAACCCCAUGAAUUCUUAUGUAAAUCCAUAGCUUCCUAUAUGGAUUUCUGUGGAUCCCCAUGCAACCUUACAUGAAUUUUUUUGAUAGGGAAGUAAAUGAAUGAAGAAAAUAGCGGAAAAUUAUAAACCCAAUAUGUGGUUUUAAUAGUGACUCUUAUUUUUAUUUUGUGUAAAUAAUAUUGAAAUAUUACGACGUUUGAAUUUAAUACGACCUUCAUUUUAUUAAAUUUAAUGCAAACAAUAUUUUUCAAACUAAAUUUCUGAGUGUAAAUAAUUUUGAAUAUUAAUGAAAUAUUUAAUAAAAAAAUUAAAAAAAUUAACGCCGAGCACUAGUUUUGAAUUUAAAUAUGCACCAAUUAAUUAGUUUUGAAAUUUCGACUGAUAAAAAAAAUAAUUAUAAUAAAUAUUUAAAAUUGAACUAUUUAAUUUUUAGAUAUUGUUAUUAUUAUUACAUAUUGUAUUAUAUUAUUGAUAUUGUGGUUAUUUGAAAAUACUAAUGACGUUUCGUUGAUGGUUGCGCUUUGAUGUUAAAUAUAUAUAUACAUAUAUAUAAUAAAUUUGCGUAUUUAUUAAAAAUAAAAAUG